CAGUAUUUAUAUUAACGUUUCUUGUUCAAGAUUUAUUUUACUAGUCAUAUCAAUAAAGGAAAAUUUGGUCGAUCCCAUCUUAGAUUCAUUUGAUGUUUUAUGCUGGGUGGCACAUGUAUAAUAUAUAUUUUUUGUUGAACAUCUUGAAAGACUGGUUGGGAGACCAAUCCUUUUUCUUGGUAGGCCUACCGUAAGUCUCAAGUGCGGGACUUGCCCCUCGAGCAAAUGAAGGUGUCAUCAGCAAAGAGCAGUAUAUUUCCUAGCAAGCUUGAAUCAUUGAUAAACUUAGCAAUGAUGAAUAGAACCGGGCUCGGCGUACACCGUGAUUCACCAAAAGGAGGUGGAUUCACCUUCUAGUGUUGUUGGUGUACAACUGGCUUCUCUCCUGGAAAAUGUGAAUCUUUCUCCUCAAGAGUACCUACCGUGGCAGUGAGCUGUAUAAGAAGUGACUAAUGGACCUUCCAUCAAUAAACCAAAUAUAUUACUAGUUCUAGGUGCAUCUACAUUAUCCUGACUGUGUAAUCCGAGAUUGAGCGUUGAUGUAAAUUAUUGAACAUCAAGUAUUAUGUAUAUUCAUGAAAUUGCUGCGGAAAUUCAGCUCAUUGUUCUCUUAUUCCAGUUCUGAGGAUCAUUGAAAUGGUGAAUAUUCGAGAGAAAGGAUCCAAAGAUGGCUUGGAAGAAUUGAGAAGAUCUGUUCUAAGUGAACUAAAAAAGUUUCCAGAACUGAAGUCAUAUGCUAAACUGAUUUGUGCAACCGGCUGCGUCAGUUCAGAAGCAGACAUAUCAUUACGCCGCCGCGAUCACAUUUCGCAUUUUAUCCUGAGAUUGGCGCACUGUCGCACCGAAGACCUGCGGCGCUGGUUCAUCAACAGAGAACUCGAACUGUUUCGUUUGAGGUGGUUCUCGUUGAGCAAUGAGGGCAAGAAGAAGUUCCUGCAAAUCAACGGAUUAGAUUACAAACCGAUUUCAGACUCUGAACGCUUGCAAUUGACUGGCGUCUCACGGGGAAUGGUCUCUUCCAAUUUCGAAUACUACCAGGUGCCUUUUGUCGAAGUGAUUGACUUGGUCCGCAAGAGGAACGUCUUCCUGAAGGGCGGUUACGCCUUCAUCACCAGCAACGAUUUCAUCUCAGUCAUCAUCUACGUUUAUCGAGCGUUUUUGGCUCAUGAACUUGUGGUCACCUGUCGUAAACUUCCUCAAAUCGAAGCCAUGGACGAACGAGUGUUUCGAGAUCUCAAUCAACUUCCAAAGAGUUAUACCGGCAAGGAUUUCACUGUUGUUGAUAAAGCCGAAGUGCCUAUUGAGAGUCUAGACUCGUUAUCGAAAACAUCGUUCCCAAUGUGUAUGCAACACAUGCACAGUACACUACGCAAAGAGCAUCAUUUACGACAUGGAGGGAGACAGCUGUAUGGUCUGUUCCUGAAAGCAAUUGGAGUCACGUUAGAUGAUGCGUUGCGGUUCUGGAGAGAGGAAUUCACGCAGAAGCCUGAAAUCGAUCAUGAUAAGUUUGACAAGCAGUACGCCUAUAACAUAAGACACAACUAUGGAAAAGAAGGAAAGAGAGCCAACUACACGCCGCACAGCUGCAUGAAGAUCAUCACGGAGAGUCUGGGCACCCAAGACCAGCACGGCUGUCCCUACAAGCAUUGGGACGCCAACAAGCUGAAAGCCAGUCUGCUUCAGCAGAACAUCCAACAAAUCGAUGUGCAGGAAAUAGUGGAUCUGGCGAAGGAAGGUCACUACCAGUUGGCGUGCACGAGGCACUUCGAAGCCAAACACAACGGCGCGGCCCCUGACGGUGGAGUCAACCAUCCAAACCAAUACUUCGAACAGAGUCAGGCCGUUCUACGCGGCAAACAAGACAAUAGCAAAAAAGAAACACCAAGAGGGAAACCUAUGGCGAAGACGGCUAGUACAUCUUCAGUUAAAAAGAAAAAAGUUGAAGAGGAUAUGUGGGAUGAUGCAGAUUUUGACAACAUCGAUUUUUAAUCAUCAACAUCUAGAUUUCUGUUUGAAGAUGUUCAACUGUACCUAUCACCAAAAGCAUUGCCAAUUUUCUUUUCUUCGUGCUAAACUUGUUUUUAAGUAGAUACCCCCACUACCGGUACUAGGGUUGCCAGGUUUCAUACCCAACUUUAUAUUAUAGACAAGAGACAGAUUGUGGUAAUUAGCUAGUUCUUAAUUUGACUUAUUGAAAAUGAUGGUUGACAUUUUUUGCUUGUAGAAAUUGUAUGAAUACUCUAUAAUAUCAAAUAUUACCAUGUAAAUGAUAGUAGAAAUCUUGACAGAUAUGUUAUCUUUCAAUGCUAAGAAUAAAAAAACAAUAUAGUGGAGGUUGAGUAUGUAUACUAAAAAAUCUUUAUUAAAUAAUGAAAAAGAGUUUUGAUAAAUAAAUGCAAUUUGUAUUAUUA